CUGGAGCCAUGAACAUGGCUGUCACAGAGGAGGAGCUCACUGAUACUGCAAUCAUAUUUAUUAUGCAGGCUUCAGGGAACAAGAUAAAGAAGACGUUCUACGGUAAAGGAGUAAGAAGUGGCUCGAAGGAAAACAUUGCAUAACUAAACAUUUUUAGUCUGGUGUAAACCGAGCCAAGUAUACUGAAUAACUGAGUAAUAUAACCUGUAGGAAUUUUUUUCGUCAACAGAACCAUAGCUGAUCACGAUAAUUCCGGUAUACGUUGCUUAACUCCCACGCAAUGAACCGCGCUCCGCUUUGGAAGCGUUCCUCGAUCCCCCUGGACGCGACGCUACGCAAGUUUUAAAACCAUGAGCUGGGCGCUUAUCAUCGUCGGUCCAUACACAAGAUGUUUCUACUAGCCAGUGUCCUCCUCUGCGUGUGUGUCCUGGUGGUCCCUGGGACCAGCGUCACAUGUAACAUAGACCCCAGCGACUCCUGCAAGUGCUCCUUCGCCGACGGAGGCAAAACCUGGAACAUCGACAUCAGCAACUACUUCAAGUACCCCGCUCACCCCAAGCCAGUUGAGAGCAAGUACACGUACACCUACACCUGCUAUAACGCCAAGUGUCCCAAAAACCCUAAUUCCACUGCAGUCGCCUGCCAGUAUGUUGAAAAGCAGGGAGACUUUCCACUUGGUAAAGUAGAUCAGGAUACUACAUGGGAGGUGACUGAUACUUCUGAUAGUUCGUUGACUUUCGUCAUCACUUACAAGAACGGACAGAAGUCAGGAGACAAGACUAGAGAGACUACGGUGACGUUCAAGUAUGCAACAGGAAGUAUGGAGAUGAAAGUAACAAAAGAAGACAAUACUGACACGAACAUUAAUUACAUUAUGCAGGCUUCAGGGAACAUGAUAAAGAAGACGUUCUACGGUAAAGGAGUAAGAAGUGGCUCGAAGGAAAACAUUGCAUAACUAAACAUUUUUAGUGUGAGUUAGUUGAGUUUGUAUGAUGAAAAUUGUAAAACCAUUAUAUUUUUUCUGCAGCUGGUGUAAACCGAGCCAAGUAUACUGAAUAACUGAGUAGUAUAACCUGUAGGAAUUUUUUUCGUCAACAGAACCAUA